GUGGGACGCAGACCGAGCCGGCGCAGGCGCACUGGCUUCGCGUGGCGGACGAGCGGGCGGUGCAGGUACCAGGGUGUCAUGGAAGGGCUGCUGAAAAGAUGCAGAGCACUGUCUGCCUUGGCUCUCUGCAGCCGCCACCUCUUCAGGUAUGUUACCCACAAAUGCUACCAUUGUGCACCAGGGAGGCGGCAGCGCUUGGUUUUAUCCCGCAUGUUCCAGCCUCAGAACCUCCGGGAAGACCAGGUGCUUCCUCUGGAGGGCAGAGCUAGCGAUCUGACCUGUAAGAGCCAGCGGCUGAUGCUGCAGGUGGGCCUGAUCCUCCCAGCAAGCCCCGGCUGUUACCACCUCAUGCCCUACACGGUUCGUGCCAUGGAGAAGCUCGUCAGGGUAAUAGACCAGGAGAUGCAGGCCAUCGGGGGGCAGAAGAUCAACAUGCCGAGCCUCAGCCCCGCUGAGCUGUGGCGAGCCACCAGCCGCUGGGACCUGAUGGGCAGGGAGCUGCUGAGACUGAGAGACAGGCAUGGCAAAGAGUAUUGCUUGGGACCAACUCAUGAGGAAGCGGUUACAGCCCUGGUCGCCUCCCAGAAGAAACUGUCCUACAAGCAGCUUCCCUUACUGUUGUACCAGGUUACCAGGAAGUUUCGGGAUGAGCCGAGGCCCCGUUUUGGUCUUCUCCGUGGCCGGGAGUUCUAUAUGAAGGACAUGUACUCCUUUGACUCCUCCUCUGAGGCCGCCCAGGAGACCUAUGGCCUGGUGUGCGAUGCUUAUUGCAGACUGUUUGAUAGGCUGGGGUUACAAUGGACGAAAGCCAGGGCAGCUGUGGGCAGCAUUGGGGGCACAUUGUCCCACGAAUUCCAGCUGCCAGUGGACAUUGGAGAGGACCGGCUUGUGGUCUGUCCCAGCUGCCACUUCUCCGCCAACACAGAGAUAUUAGACUUGUCGCAAAAAGUCUGCCCUGACUGCCAGGGUCCACUGACAGAAACCAAAGGCAUUGAGGUGGGGCACACAUUCUACCUUGGUACCAAGUACUCCUCCAUUUUCAGUGCCCAGUUUACCAAUGCCCGCGGGGACCCUUCGCUGGCGGAGAUGGGGUGCUAUGGCUUGGGGGUCACUCGGAUCUUGGCUGCUGCCAUUGAAGUCCUCUCUACAGAAGACUGCAUCCGCUGGCCCGGUCUCCUGGCUCCGUACCAAGUCUGCCUCAUCCCCCCUAAGAAGGGCAGUAAGGAGGCAGCAGCCACCGAGAUGGUGGAGCGCUUACAUGAUGACAUCAUUGAAGCGGUGGCACAGCUCCGAGGGGAGGUUCUGCUGGAUGACAGGACCCACCUGACCAUCGGAAAUCGACUGAAAGACGCCAACAAGCUUGGCUACCCCUAUGUGGUCAUUGCCGGCAAGAGGGCCCUGGAGGACCCCGCCCACUUUGAGGUUUGGUGCCAGAACACUGGUGAGGUGGUCUUCCUCACCAAAGAAGGAGUCCUGGAACUGCUGGCUGGUGUUUGUGUUGUCUAGUGUCUAACCACACCUGUCCCUGGGCUUGGUGUCCACUGUACGACUGUAGUUCCUUCCACUUCUCUGGCUUCUCGUGGAAGGGAGGCCAUGCUAGGGAACCCUGUACUCAUUCCUUAGGAUGGUUCGUAUUUAAUCACUGACUGAAUCCCUGGACUGGCCAUCUACCAUGUGCCAUUCAUUUUGCACAUAGACACUUCCAUUGCACAGGUGAGAAAGAGACCUACGUCACUCCCUUGAAAAGCUGAUUUCUGGGUGUAAGACCAGAAUGACUAGAAGCUGGGGACCACGCUUCCCCAACCUCAUCCCACAGUCUGACACAUGCCUUGCACUUCAUUCAAUCCACAAAGCAGGGCCCUUCUCCUCUGAGGAACCAAGAGCUCCAGAGAGUCAGGCACUUGCUGCUAACUCACUGGUAAUUUGACUCGCCUGCUCCCUGCUGGGGCCUGGGGUUCCCAUUUGAGCACGGGAGAUGGAGUUAGGUCUGUAAGGACCACAGAGCUCUCACUGAGUGACUCCACUAGACAUGUGGAUCUGGUCCUUUAUUCCUCUAAGCUUCCCAAGAAGCUUAGUUGUCCUAACUGCCUGAUGGUCCCACACUAGCUCCAGAGACUUGACAUUGCUGAGUUCACUUCAGCACUGAGAUCAUGUUCUGUUGAUUGAAUAAAGUCAGGCUUUGGGAUGAG